AUGAGUGAUGAAGGGCUGGCCACUAAGGCGAACUGUCUGGUUCUAGAAACGAUUAGCAGAAUUUUAAUACGCAACUGGCAGACAAUUAGCCAGAAAUCUCCUGGGGGUGUGAAAGGCAGGCCCAUACUUUUUUCGUGGAUCAUUCUCAUUCCACGGUAUGUGUUUCCCAUGUGA